AUGUGGACCGACAGCACAAUCGUUCUACACUGGCUAAAGUCGAGAUCCAACAUCUGGAAAGUUUUCGUUUCCAAUCGGGUGGCUGAGGUUCAACGACUUACAAAGGCAUUCGAGUGGAGACAUGUUUCCACGGACUUAAACCCGGCCGACCGGAUUUCGCGAGGUACCCUGGCAAGUCAGAUCGCGAAAGACGAUCUAUGGUGGCAUGGUCCCAAAUUCCUGCGAUACCCGAAGGAGCAAUGGCCAGAAUCAAUAUUCCCGACGCCAGAUGAUCAAUUCGUCAACGAGGAGGCUCGUCGUGUCGUCGCAUUACAUAUCAACACAGUAGAUCAAGAGCUCUUCGACCGAUAUUCAGAGCUCGCCAACCUGCUGAAAGGUAUUGCCCACUGCUACAGGUUUUACCACAACUGCAAGCGGCCAAAGGAGCAGCGCUCAACUGGAUCACUGUCGCGUGAUGAAUGUGAUCAUGCACUGAAGGUUCUAGCUCGUCUCGCUCAACGUUCCUCCUUUUCGGCAGAAGUCAAGAUAUACACUCUCCAGAAGAAUUCCCCGACGCCACCGAAUCUUGGACCAAAGUCCCCUCUUCGAAAGAUGAACCUUUUCAUGGACGAAUUCGGGUUGCUACGAAUCGAUGGUCGUUUACGCUACUCGAACGCACCAUUCGACACCCGAUUUCCGAUCUUGCUACCGUCCGACCACAAACUGAGCUUGAUGAUCGUGCGAGCAAUACACCUCAAAACAUUGCACGGUGGACCUUCACUUCUGCUUGCUACAGUACGUCAACGAUUCUGGCCACUCCGGGGUCGUGAUCUAGCUCGUGCAGUAGUUCGUCAAUGCGUCACUUGCUUUCGGUGUCAUCCUAAGCUGUCAACUCAAAUCAUGGCACCGUUGCCGGAAGUACGCACUACACCAGCACGACCGUUCUUUUAUUCGGGAAUGGAUUACUGUGGGCCGUUUCUCGUUCGUCCGCUGAAUGGGAGGGGUGUGUCGGUGAAAAUGUACGUUUCGCUUUUCGUCUGUCUGGUGGUGAAGGCCGUGCACAUCGAAAUCGUCGCUGAUUUAUCCGCCGCGUCGUGUAUCUUCGCCGUGAAGCGCAUCGUCGCGCGGCGCGGACGUAUAGUGGAGCUACAUUGCGAUAAUGCGACCGCUUUCGUCGGGGCGGAUCGUGAGCUCAUCGCGUCGCGUAAAGAGUUCCUGCAGCAGUUCAAGGGCGACGAAUGGCGAAACCAUUGCUUGGACAACGGGAUCAAGUUCCAGUUCAUCCCCGCCCGCUCGCCACACUUCGGUGGCAUUUGGGAGGCGGGAAUCAAAUCAUUCAAAUACCAUUUCCGUCGCAUCAUGGGACUGAAAGCAUUCUCGGUGGAUCAGUUCCACACAGUCGUCACGCAAGUUGAAGCAGUGCUCAAUUCUCGCCCCCUAUCACCGCUCACUGCUUCUCCCGAUGAUCUGGCGGCUCUGACGCCAGGACAUUUCCUGGUCGGGGAACCACUCGUCGCAAUCCCGGAACCAGAUCUGAACCACAUCAAUCCUGGACGGCUCAGUCGCCUACAGGAUAUGAAGAAAACGCUGCAGGACCUUUGGACUCGUUGGUCACGUGACUAUGUGAGUCAGCUUCACCAACGGACGAAGUGGAGAAAGCAACAAACCGAUCUACGACCAGGUCAACUAGUCCUUCUGAAGGAGAAUACGCCACCACUCCACUGA